AUGACAUCAAUUAGAGUUCUACUGAGUAUAGUUGUAGUGGAGGAUCUUCAUCUUGAGCAGUUAGACAUAAAAAUAGCAUUUUUACAUGGUGAAUUAGAUGAAGAACUAUACAUAGCACAACUUAAGGGUUUUGAAGUCAAAGGAAGGCAAAAACCAAAAGAACAAAAGAACAAAAUCGGAACAAAGGCGAAGCUCUUCUCCUUCGUGCGUGCUCAUCGCUCCUCUCGUCGGCUGAAGCUUCGUUCUUCCUUUUCCGGCGUCUCUCCCAUCUCUCCGGCGGCACCCACUCGGCUGACUCUCCGGCGACUCCUCACUCCAGCGACUCCAGGGAUCUCAUAUGAGUAUAAAGCAGUGGAUCUCAGGAAAGAAAAGCAAUAUACUGCUGAAUUUGACAAGUUAAAUCCUAUGCAUUUGGUUCCAGUGUUAGUGGACGGAGAUUUCGUGGUUUCAGAUUCUUAUGCAAUUUUGCUGUAUUUGGAAGAAAAGUAUCCUCAGAAGGCUUUGUUACCUCGUGAUCCUCGAUUGAAAGCUCUCAACCUCCAGGCUGCAAGUAUAAUCAGCUCGAGCAUACAGCCUCUUCAGAUGCUGACUGUGCUGGCCAAGUUCCCUACUUUGAGGAGGAUCCAUGAAUCGUACAAGACUUUGCCUAAAUACGAAGCAUCAUCACCGGAACGUCAACCCGAUGCCAUGAUCUGACAUGGGUAUCUCCUCUCCAAUCUCAAAGUUGGAAGCCGAAAUGUCUCAGGUAUGCACGGUGCAGUGCAGCAACACGACAACGAGGGCGAGGGGAUCUCUUUCGGAGAUAUGAGCGAAGAUGAGUGGGUACUGUUCCUUGAAAUCUUCGAGAAGCUCUUGCCCGAGGUCACGGAGAACGCUAGAUGCAACAGCUCGAAGCAGAGGUUGGGAACUUCUUGCGACUUCUGAGGAAUCACCAAAGCAAUAGACGAUUUAAAGAUCAGCAAAAAGAUAGAAAGAAGCUCGGACACAGAUCGCUUGUAAUUAUUGUGGACUAAUUUUCCUUUUCUGUUUCCCAAAUGACUUGCUAGUAUAGAUUGUAGAUAAUGACCAUUUGGGGCCCGACGUGAGAGGAAAAGCGAUCGGCAAGUCGCCGUCCUUUCCUUUUUCUACUGUCUCACGCGGUUUCGUCCUCAUUUUGUAACUAUCACCAUGCAAUUAUAUCAGUGUGUAUUGUAUUGUGUAUAAGCUCAUUGCCCCGUUUA